AUGACUAUUGAACCUUUCCAGACCACCUUCGCGGUCCCGAUGACCUGCGAGGGUUGCGUUAAAGAUGUCUCCGCGUCGCUCAAGAAGUUGGACGGGAUCAGCAAGGUUGAGGCCAGCCUGAAGGAUCAAUUAGUCUUCAUUGAGGGCACCGCCCCGCCCAGCUCCAUUGUCACCGCCAUCCAAGCUACGGGUCGUGAUGCGAUCCUGCGAGGAAGUGGCACCUCCAACAGUUCCGCGGUGUGCAUCCUCGAAACACAUUCCACUGCCGUCUCGAACAAGAUCCGCGGUCUGGCACGCAUGGUUCAGGUGUCGUCCAAUAUGACCCUGGUGGAUCUGACGAUCAAUGGCCUCGCCCCGGGCAAGUACGUGGCGACCGUGCGCGAGGCGGGCGAUAUCUCGCAAGGAGCAGCGUCGACGGGAGGCAUUUGGGAGGCCGUCAAGGCCAAGGUAUUGGGCUCGACAGAGCCCACUAAGGAACCACGUGGGGUCUUUGGGUCAGUGGAGGUUGACGAAAAGGGACGAGGCAAUGUCUUUUUGGAUCGACCGGUCGCGAUUUGGGAGAUGAUUGGCCGCAGUAUGGUGGUGUCAAAGAAUGCCGAGGGCCCCUUUGAUCGGGAGGACUCGAACACAUUGGUUGGGGUCAUCGCUCGUAGCGCGGGGGUGUGGGAUAACGACAAGAUGGUCUGUUCCUGCUCCGGUAAGAACGUUUGGCAGGAGCGGCAGGAGCAGGUCUCCCAGGGAAUGGUAUAG